CUACCGUAGAUGAUAAACACGAAUUUAAAAAAAAUAUCCGAGUGUAGGUGAUGACGUCAUUCCCCCGGCCGAUACAGACCGGGAAAACCGCGUCGGGCACUGUUGUGUCGCCUCCGUUGCCCUGGCGUGGCUCUCGUGGGCACCGGGCACUCUCUGUGAGACGGCUGUGGCACGUCUAUAGGGCACGGGUGGACUCCUAGCUUUGUGUGUACGCCUUCGUGGCCUUCGGCAGGAGGAUUCAGCAAGAUGAAGAUUUUUCCUUCCUGUUGGAGGGCGACGGCGCUGGUUUGUUGUGCCCUUCUGGCUCUCAGUCGUGAAGCAGAUGCGAUCGAUGACUCAGCGUGUGACCCCGGAUGCCAAGUGCACCGCCUCACUUACGUAGGAACGCCCCUGAGGAAGGACUUCUCGAGGAUCUUCUGGUGGCCCGAGGCCGACGUGGAGGAGCUGACCCUCGCUGGAGAAGGACUCGAGAUGAGCCUCCAGAUCGAGGAGGAGCAGAGGAACGCGUGGCACGAGAUCGAAGUCAAGUCCGAGUUCAGGGAUAAGGACAAACGGACAUUAGAAUCCUACACCGUUACCAUCCCCUCUCUGGGCGUGAACGAAAGUAGAACCUGCGCCCACCCAGACUGCAGUGACACGGGCGUGGGCGUGAGAACCAACAUAUCCAGUUUAUGGGCGCUGCAGUGCACCGUCCUUCCUUGUGACUGUCGCAACAACGCCAAAUACUGUGAAGGAAGGAGAGACUGCAGACCGUACUUCCUAACAGCACUCGGUUUCCCGCUGGACUCGUCAAGGAAAAUCUUCUGGUCUCCCUCUGCCGGAGGAGAACUUUACUUCUCUUGGAACAACGGAAGGAAUCAUUCCCUUCACCUGCGAGGGGACCGAGGUAGCUCGUCCUCGUGGGUGGAGGUGGAGGUUCGCUCGCGAUUGAGACAGAGAGGAGGCAUCACGCACUACGCCUGCAGCCUCGAGGUCGCAUCCUUGGACAUCCAAGAGGACUGUUCCUCGACGAAGGACACUGACUACGGGAUGAGAGUAGCUGCUCCUCGACCGAGUACCCUUGCCCUUGGGUGCGAUGAGGCCCCGGUCAUUGAAGUCCAGACCUCAAAAAAAGGCCGACGCAAUAGAUUCUUGAUGUUGCUGUUAAUCGCUCCUGUUGGAAUUUGCAUUGUCAUUGUCGCCUUUGUUAUUGUACGGUGGCGGAACAGACCGUAGAUUUUAUCGUCUUCGUGGCCGAGAAAAUGAUGGAAAGCGAUGGUUGUGAUUUUUAUAUAUAUAUAUAUGUUUUUUUUUUAUUGUUGAUUAUAGUUCGUUUGUGAUUUUUAAUUUUUUUUUACAUUGGAUGAUUUCGUGUGACAGUGUGUAGUUUUGAACGCUGUUAAGUGCAGGUCAGAGAUACCAGCUUAAACUAAUGAGCUAUAGACAUAUUUUGUAAAUAAUAUACAAGCCACAUUUAUACUCCAUACAGUCCAUAUAUAGAAUUUUAAUAUAUCUUCAUAUAUAUAUUAAUAUCAUAAAUAUAUCAAUGAAAACGACCUUAUGCAGAUCACUGUAAUAUUAACGUGACCUAGAAAUCUAAUAUUUGGUGUGUUGCAAAGGCCCGGAUUUUAGGAAAAUAUUGUCUAACUAAUCUCUUAAAUUUUCUAGACCGGAUAUAUGACCCCGCGGGUUCGUCCGUCUAAAAAAAAUAUGUAAAUAGGCAAAAGUGAAUAAAUGUUUCCAAUGAACACUUU